CUCCACCUCCGGGCUACAACCACCAGGCUGCAGCCGGAGGAGAGUGCGCGUCGCGGGGAUGAAUGAGAACGUGGACACGCGUCGUGUGUGCGCGUCGCUCCAGCUCCGGUCUGGACGAUGAACGCAGCAGCAGCCGCAGCAGCAGCUCGGUGUGCGGGGCUCGGACCCGCAGCAGCAGCGUCCCGCAACUUCUCCUGGAGCCCGGAGGAGCUGAGAUGAGACGAGGAGGCUGAAGCUUCUUCUUCUGCUCUCCACGAAGAACCAACGAGAGGUGACCACCAUGUCUCUGUGGAUGAUCCUUCCUGUCAGCCUGCCUGUCUUCACCAUCACUGGAAUAUGGCUUGUAUACGCAAUGGCCUUGUACAACCAGCACGUCUGCCCUGUGCACAACUGGCUUUAUAACGAGUCCUGUGAGGAGCCGCUUCAGUUACAGAGGGAUCCUGUUCUGUGCUGCACCCUGGAAAACAUUCCACUCAUCAGUAAAUGUGGAACGCUGCCCCCUGAAAGCUGCUUUUUCAGCCUCAUCUGCAGCACCGGCUCCUUCAUGGUGAUGCUGAUCGGCCUCCUGCGUUACGCCCACGUGAUCGAGAGGCACCAGAACUGUGUCCUCAACAUGGCCGGCCUCUCCACCGGAUGGAUCUGUGCCACUGGUCUCCUCAUGGUGGGGAACUUCCAGUUGGAUUUUGCCAAAGUGCUGCACUACGUGGGCGCCGGCUUGGCGUUCCCGUGCAGCAUGCUGUUCGUGUGUCUGCAGUCGGCUCUGACCUACAGACUGGCCAAGACGCAGGACGAGUACCGGGUGGGACACGUGCGCGUGGGGAUGGCGCUGCUCGCUCUGAUCGCCCUGGUGCUCAGUGGCGUGUUCUUCUGCCAGGAGAGCUUCGCCCUGCAGCACGCCUCCGCCAUCUUUGAGUGGCUCUACUGCACGCUCAUCAUGCUCUUCUACGGGACGUUCGCCUUCGAGUUCGGGCGCAUGUCGGGCGACACCCUGAUGGUCCUGUCCCGAGGGGCUGGAGUACCGAGCUUCUCCGCCUCCGAGCACAAGGCUGAGGUGGGCGGGGGGGCCAACCACCAUCAGCCGGAGAGUUUAUCCAUCCUGUAACUGGACUGUGGCGUGUGUCAGCGCCCCCUGGAGGAGGCCGGGGCAGACUCCGGAGCCUGGAAGCUGCCUCCUGCACCGACACACUCUCAAAGCUCCGGCUCCUCAGCGGUGACCAAAGACUUUAAAGGACAAGCUGCACUGCAAAACGUUGCACAGUAAGAUAAGUGCCUCUGAACACAAAGGCCACAGACACACUUCUGUGUUGGUUUUGAUUCUCUCAACAUUACAAUCGGCUGAAGACGCAGUUUCUCAGCCUGAACGUCCUGAACGUCCUGAAGUCGUCCCUCCCGGCGUCCCUCCCGGCGUCAGAGCAGGUGUCUGUUUGAACGUUUGUUCGUCCGGACCUGGAGCUCGUUACUGUUCCCGCUCAGGAAGUUUCACCAUCAUCAGCUUUCACUCUUUACCUCAGAGGUCAGGAGACGAUUUCCAGAAACCUUCGACAAAAGACGGACGAUCGUGAUGUCCAAAAACAAUGUCUCAUUUUAAAUGGUUUUGUCCUCACGUUUAAAAAGAUGUUCAAUGUUUUUCAACUUAUACUUUGUGCUUCUUUAUUUUUAAAAGUAGCCGACUCACAAUAAGCUCUGUUGUAUUUUAAUUUUUACAUAAAUUCAGCGUUUUAUAAAAAAUUUAAAGUCAUUAAAAAUGACUUGUUACAGCUUUAAUGGGACCAAACUAUAGACGAGGACGUUAAGAUGCAAUAUUUGAUUAUAUUUGGAUUUUAAUUUUAAAGUUUAACAGUGUAUAUCCAACAAAAAGAAAUUAAAGCAAAUGGGGAAAAAUAUAAUGUCAUUAUUUUGUUUGUUUUUUUAUUAUUUUAUUGUAAAUUAAACUCUCUGUUGUAAGAAU